GCUACGUCCUACGUGGACGUCGCAUCCUGUGGGAGUCGUGGAAGCGGGGCCCGGUGCGCUCAACUUGUAGCCAUGUCGGCCUCUGUGGUGUCUGUUAUUUCGCGGUUCUUAGAGGAGUACUUGAGCACCACUCCGCAGCGGCUGAAGUUGCUGGACGCGUACCUCCUGUAUAUACUGCUGACCGGAGCGCUGCAGUUCGGUUACUGUCUCCUCGUGGGGACCUUCCCUUUCAACUCUUUCCUCUCGGGCUUCAUCUCUUGUGUGGGAAGCUUCAUCCUAGCGGUGUGCCUGAGAAUACAGAUCAACCCACAGAACAAAGCGGAUUUCCAAGGCAUAUCCCCAGAGAGAGCCUUUGCUGAUUUUCUCUUUGCCAGCACUAUCCUGCACCUUGUCGUCAUGAACUUCGUUGGCUGAAUUGUUCCCAUGCUUCAUCGAGGAGAAGACUGGAAAAAUGUUCACUUUUUGAUGUCCCCUGGAUAUGAUUUCUUGAGAUGGCAGCUUGUUGGACACAUGGAUGUUCAGAUUUGUACUCACUGUCAACCUUGGUUGGUGUGUAGGUGGAAAGCCCAGAGAAGUUCACCUUGUGUCAGACCAGCUUUGUGAUGAAUGUUA